AUGGCUAAUUUCACUAUGAACGGGUUUCUUCUGGUAGGAUUUUCUGCCAAGCCUGAGUUAGAACUGGUCCAUGCUUCUCUGUUCUUAGUCUUAUACAUGGUGGCAUUAACUGGCAAUAUCCUCAUUAUCUCUGCAAUUUCCAUGGACAAUAGUCUUCACUCAGCCAUGUAUUUCUUCCUGAAACAUCUCUCCUUUCUGGACCUGUGCUACAUUUCUGUGACUGUGCCAAGGGCCAUUUACAACUCUUUCGUGCACAGUGGCUACAUUUCCCUAAGGGAAUGCAUAGUGCAGUGUUUUUCUUUCAUUGUCUGUGGUUCUGCUGAGCUCUCCAUGCUCACAGUGAUGUCCUAUGAUCGCUAUGUGGCCAUCUGCCUUCCACUGCGUUAUGAAAUCAUCAUGGAUGCAAGCACUUGUGUCCAUGGAGUCCUGGGAGUCUGGAUCAGUGGGGUCAUUUCUGGAACCAUGCACACAGCUGGUACUUUCUCCAUCCACUUCUGUGGUUCCCAUAUCAUUCAUCAGUUCUUCUGUGACAUCCCACAACUCCUGAAACUCUCUUGUUCAAAUGAAUAUAUCAGCGAGAUUUGGAUCAGUGUCUUCUUGUUACUAAUGGCAUUUCCUUGCAUUGUCUUUAUUGGAACAUCCUACAUCCAGAUAUUCUCUACUGUGUUGAGGAUGCCAUCUGCUGAGGGAAGAGCUAGGGCCUUUUCCACCUGCCUUCCCCACCUGGCUGUGGUCAUAUUGUUUGUUUCCACCAGUGCCUUUGAAUUUUUCAAGCCACCUUCUGACUCUCCAAGUACACUGGAUGUGUUUCUCACUAUUAUGUACACAGUUGUGCCCCCAACAGUCAACCCAAUGAUCUAUAGCCUGAGAAAUCAAGCUAUAAAGGCAGCUCUAAGAAAGGUUUGUAAUAAAAAGUUUCUCCCAGAACAAAAGCUCUGUGUUAAGCUCUUAUUCAAGAUUAAUUGA